AUGUCUCUACCGUUCAGCCAAUUCCCCUCCACGGCGAGGAUUACCCCACACGCCUUCAAGGUGUUCAUUCCUCAGGAACAGCUUACCGAUCUCCACACAUUGGUAAAGCUAUCAAAGCUAGGCCCUCUGACAUACGAGAAUUCUCACUCAGACGCCCGCUUCGGCAUCACUUCCGUAUGGCUCACCGAGAUCCGAGAAAAAUGGCUUAAUGACUUCGAUUGGAAAGCAUGCGAAGCUCGGAUCAACGACUUCCCUCAAUUCAAAACCGAGAUUGAAGAUAUCCAGCUGCAUUUCGCAGCCCUCUUCUCCGAGAAACCGGAUGCAGUGCCCAUCGUGCUGCUUCAUGGAUGGCCUGGAAGCUUCUUGGAAUUUCUUCCUCUGCUCCAGCUGUUCCGGGAUGAGUUCACUCCCAGCACCCUGCCGUAUCAUCUCAUAGUCCCGUCUCUGCCGGGCUAUGGCUUCUCUUCUGGUCCUCCAGUGGAUAGGAACUAUACCACUCACGAUGCCGCUCGAGUCAUCGACAAAUUGAUGAAGGACCUGGGAUUCGAAAGUGGGUAUAUUGCCCAAGGAGGCGAUAUCGGAAGCCGGGUAUCAAGAUUUCUGGCAGUAGACCAUGACAGCUGUAAAGUGAACUUCUGUGCGAUAGCGACACCCCCAAAGGGAGUACCUGAGGAGAGCCUCACUGCCUCCGAGAAGAAAGGACUCGGACGAAGACAGGAAUUCCUGACCUCGGGCCUCGCAUAUGCUUUUGAGCAUGCCACUAGACCAAGUACCAUCGGGCAUAUCCUCUCUUCAAGCCCUCUUGCUUUGCUCGCAUGGAUCGGAGAGAAAUUCCUCACCUGGGUAGACGAGCCUCUUCCCUCCCAGACGAUUCUGGAGUUUGUCACUCUGUAUUGGCUGACUGACACUUUUCCUCGAGGGAUUUACCCUUAUCGAGAGGAACUUCCCAUAUCCCCGGAAGGGAAUCCCCUGCGGUACAUUCAUAAACCACUUGGGUUUUCCUAUUUCCCUGUUGAACUUUUCCCCGUGCCCAAGAGCUGGGUUGAGACGACGGGGAAUUUGGUCUUUUGGAGGGAACACCAACGGGGAGGGCAUUUCGCGGCUCUUGAGAAACCUAAGGAGUUAAAGGCUGACUUGGCGGAGUUUGUGGAGCAGAUUUGGAGUAGUAUAUAA